GCGAAACAAAUAACAAUGAUAACAAAUCGGAAUAACACAACUGUCAAUUGAGGAUAAUGCGAUAACGCGAAAAGUGUUCAAAGCUGAUAGGUAAAUACAAGAAAAGGUGAAAUAGAUGACAACUAACAACUAAAUAGCUAAAAUUGUGAGCGAGGCUUAUUCACAAGUCAUUAUUGGCAAAGGCAAAAAGAACAAAUGUGAAGAAAAUCUUACGUCCAAUAAUCCGUACUGCAGUGGAAACGGAAAUAACGUCAAUUACGAAACCAAAAUCCAUAAUCUUCAAUAUAACCGAAAAAUGAUUUAGAAAUUAAUAUAUGUUAUGUUCCUACAAUAAAUUUUUGAUAUCCAGAAAGAUAUUAAGUGUAUAAAGUACAUUAAUUACUUGCAAUAUAAUAUAUAAUCUAUUAGAGUUUAACUAUAAAAUCUGCGUAAAUAUGCUGACUUUAUAUUAUGCCACUGCUACAUUCCUGCAGUCAUCGCGUAUAAAGAACGUCUGUGCAAAAAUUGGGCAGCAACUAGCUCUAAAUACCAGCAUUUCAUUCUACACGUUGCCUACUGAAAAUGACGAUGGUUUUGAUCCUUCAUUAGCGGCUUCAGAUUUUUGUCAUAACCGAAAUACUGCGCGUGUUUCUGAAAUACUUUGGUUAAAUGGUUCCCAUCGCGGUUGCUGUCUACAUCCGGUGCAAGUGGUUCAAUUAAAGCCGUGGAUAUCAUUUGAUGAGAAUAAUGCGUCAAUGGAGAAUAAGCUACUUCCCUUCGCUCAUUCAACAAAUCCAAAAGCUUUGUUGGAUCAGUUUGCUGCUUUAAGGAAAGAGAACAUCUUGUAUCUCUUAUUGGAAGCCGAUAUUCAACCUUGUUAUGAGUUUGAGAAUUCUGCAAAUCCUAUACGGAUUGAAAAUUUUGGUAAGCUAAUAGCAUGGAAGGUUGACUCACAUCUUGCUGUGCUCAUUGAGACUGAUGUGGAACAUUUUACCAAAUUGUUGUUGUCCACAUAUUUACAAAAUAAAUUUCUCAUUAACGAUCAGCUACAAUUACUGAGGAUUGAGUCUAUUAAAUAUGAGGGUAGACCGCAGCCCAUGAACAUGUUGGCCAGCCAUUUGCGCAAGCCUGUACGCCAGUGCGAGUUGAACUUAAGUCAUGAGGAUUGGCAGCGACAUUUAGAACAUUUACGUGCAUUGAGCGUAUUAGCGCAUCAAGCAACUGAGUUUGAGAGUCAAAAAAGUCGUACCGAGGGUAAAACUACAGGUGAUGUGGUUAAGCCAGAUCUUAUACCUUACGAGCAACAGGUAACUGGAAGCGUCGCGAUUUCAAAGGCAAGUAAUUUACAAGAACCGGAAGCUGUUGGCACAACUACUUAUGCCGAAAAAUAUUCCGAAACAUCCGACACUCUGAUGGAUGUCAAAACAACUUCAACUGUUACACCUAGUAAAUCGUCCAUGGUGACAAAAGUAACUAUACAAACUGAAAAACCUGUUCAACUUGCUUCACCUUUGUCCAAAAUAAAGGCUAAACCGACCGAAAUUAGGAAGCCAGUCGCUGCUAACACCAAUUCUGGUGGCAGCGGAACCGAAAGUCGCUUUAAGACUACUAAGGUUCCCGAAGCUUCCACAUCAACAACAGUAACAGAAAAGUCUUCAGCAAAAUCUGUGCUGAUAUCACCAACACUUCCACUCUCUGAUCCACCUAUUACCAUUUCUGCGGCUGCAGCCGUAAUAACAACAACUAUAGCACGUACCAAAAUGCCUUCCAACAGCGCGAAUCAAUCUACUGAUUUUGAUAAGAUAGCCUCAGGAAUUGUACCCACAUCAUCACAAAAACAACAAUCGAUACCUUUAGAAAGUACACCGCUACAAAAAAAUAAAAAUAGCGAAAGUGACUUAUCAACUUCCACGCACGCAUCCACAAGUUGUGAAGCAUUAUCAAAUGAAGAUCAGAGAAAGGGUCUUAGUUUAAAGAGGUCGGAUAUUUCUUACCCAUGUAAACCAACCAAUGUAUUUGUUUAUUCCGAAAGCGCUAGUUCGCGUGAGGGAGCAUUGUCUACGCUUAAGAAUAUUUUAGAUAGGGAAAGCUAUACAAUUUAUGCAAUGACUCCACAACAGUUAACACAAAAAUAUUGGAUAAAAAACACUGGACUUUUAGUAGUCUGUGGCAAUGUGCCUACAAAUGUUGGAGAGAUACUAGUUGAUUAUUUUUUAUGCGGUGGUAGAGUACUCUCCUUAUGUUCGGAUAUACUGAAUUUUGUACUGCCCAACUAUCGAACUGCCGAGGUGCGUGAAAAUGAACUGGUGCAGUUCUCGUACGAUAAAUGGCAAAAAAUAAAAAUGAUGCAUCAUAUAUUUUGUUAUCAGCCUUCGCCCGUCAAGAAAAACUUCUCUACGGAUAGUGACGAUGCUACACAAUUAACUACGAGAAAACCAGCUCUAGUAUGUCCAAGGUCUGUCGAACUUCAGGAUCUUCGUGGUAAAGUGCACAAUCUAGAUGUGAAAGUGCUUGGCACUGAGGAAACGUGGAAUACACCCAGUUUGUUAUUGGCGAACAGCGUGCAAAGUGGAGGAUGUGCCGUGUUCUCGCAGGUACAUUUGGAAACGAAUCCUUCACAAUUCGAAAUGGAUGAAUCCAAGUACAAGAUUCUAAUGCAGAAUGAACAAGUUCGAAUGGAAAUUUUAGCACAUUUACUGAACAAGCAUUUGGAUAUAAGCGUACAGCAAUUAAAUACCAACGACGCCAAAUGCACAUAUCAGGAAGCAUAUUUUCUUGGGAGACAUGAGUCAAAAUUUGAAUUGUUGGAGAAGAUUAAGAUUUCUGGAGCUAAGAGUAACAUUAUAACCACAUCCAAAUUGACCAUGCAGUUUUGCGAUAAGGGUGAUAAACCCAAAAAUGCCAAUACAAAUGUUCUUCCAAUAUUGAUACAUUCCUGUCCGGAGGAUUUUUCAACCGUGGAAUAUUUUGAUAAUUUAAAAACCAAAUAUAUUGGACGGCUCGUCAUAUAUGCACCCGUGGUAAGUACCAGCAUGAAUGUAAUAAGCGAUCUGGAGCUAAUGGACGGCAUUGCGGUUUUGGUGCGUCAACAAAUGGAAGGUGUCGGACGUAGCAACAAUCAGUGGAUUAGCCCUCUCGGUUGCGCUAUGUUUUCGUUGCAAUUACAUUUGUCGUUGGAUUCAGCCUUGGGUAGACGUCUGCCAUUAUUGCAACACAUUAUCGGUUUGGCUAUGGUGACCACAUUGAAAGGAAAUCCGACUUAUAAGGAUCUUGAUAUUCGUUUAAAAUGGCCCAAUGAUAUUUAUGCAAAUGGCGUGCAAAAGAUUGGUGGUCUUAUUGUGAAAACAACAAUGUUCGGUUCGAAAAUCAUUGCAAAUAUAGGAUGCGGAAUUAAUUUGGAUAAUGAAAAACCUACAACUUGUAUCAAUUCCAUUAUUGCAAAAUAUAAUCAGACAAAUCGUACGAAUAUACCAAUUCUUAAAUAUGAGGAAUUCAUUGCAUUAACAUUUAAUGAAAUUGAAAACAUCUUGGAGAAGGUGAAGUCGGGCGAUUUUGAUUACUUUUAUGAACUCUAUCACGAACAUUGGCUACAUAAUUUACAAAAGGUAAAAAUAUACGACAAGUUUGGAAGCCAACAAGAGGCGACUAUCAUUGGUAUUGAUCAUGUUGGUUAUCUUCAAGUUAGGACAGUUGACGGUACAAUAGUAUCAGUUCAACCGGAUGGAAAUAGUUUUGACAUGCUGCAGGGACUAAUAGUACCUAAAUAUAAUUAAAUGGAAAACAAAAACCUUUUACGAAAUUUGUUCUAAAUCCAUAAAAUCACUAUUUGUUAAAGUGCAGUUGAAACCUAUUUAAUAUAUAAUAUAAUGUAACAGUUGUUUCUUAGCUAAGUUUGAAUAUAAGGUAUACUAAAUACUUGUUAGUAAAUUUGCCAUGACAUUGGAAUCUAUUUACGAAUAUAGACUUUGAAAUGUAAAAAAAAAAAAAAUAAAAAUAUUGAUUCUGUAUCUAAUAAA